AUGGACAUGCCAUCUGACCUCGAAGAGCCCAAGCCUCCUGCAGACUGGCCCGAAGGAGGCACCAGAGCGUGGUUGGUGGUCGCAGGAGGCUUUUGCGUCUCGUUUUCGACAUUUGGAUACUCGAAUGCAUACGGCAUAUACCAGGAUUACUAUUCCCAACACAUGCUUUCCCACGAAACCCAGUCGACGAUAUCGUGGAUCGGAUCCGUCCAGCUCUUCUUUCUGUAUGCCGGCGGCGUCGUUGGAGGACCACUGUUCGACCGCUACGGCGCCAAAGUGAUGCCGCUCCCGGCGCUCAUCAUGGUAGUCGCCGUCAUGAUGACCUCGCUGUGCACCCAGUACUAUCAGUUCAUGCUGGCCCAGGGCAUCCUGGGAGGUCUGUCUUCAGGCAUGCUCUUCGCGCCAGCCAUGACCUGCGUCAGCCACUACUUCCACAAACGCCGCGCGACUGCGCUCGGCAUCACCGUCACCGGAUCCUCCCUCGGGGGCGUCGUGUUUCCCAUCAUGCUCAGCCGGACCAUCAAGUCGCUCGGCUUCGCGUGGUCGGUGCGCGUCGUGGGAUUCGUGAUUCUGGCCAUGAUGGCAGUCGCCGUCCUCACAGUCAAGGAGCGGCUGCCCCCUCGCCGCGGGAGCAUCCUCCUACCGUCGGCCUUUGCGCGGGUUCCGUAUGCGCUCGUCGUCGCGGGCCUCUUUCUCAUGACGCUCGGCCUUUUCACGCCCUUCUUCUACCUGCCGCAGUUUGCGCAGCGGCAAGGCAUGAGCGACAACCUGGCCUCGUACAUGCUCUCCAUCUUGAACGCGGCGUCUGUGUUUGGGAGGUCGUUGCCGGGCGUCGUCGCGGACAGAAUCGGCCGGUACAACACCUUGGUGGUGGAGGGAACAUGCAGCGGCAUUUUGCUGCUGUGCUGGCCGGCCGUGUCGUCCAACGCCGGCGUCAUCGUCUUUGCCGUCUUGUACGGCUUCUUUUCUGGAGGCAUCAUAUCGUUAAUGUCUCCGUGCUUUGCGCAGGUGACGCCGCAGCCCAACCAGAUGGGGACGUAUCUCGGAAUGGCCAUGGCCAUGCUGGGUGUUGCCGCCUUGGCCGGAACGCCCAUUACCGGGGCGUUGCUCGAAUCAGGCGGCAACUUUACACACGCUGCUGUUUUCAGUGGUGUGGUGAUGCUAGCUGGGACGGUCGUGUCGGCCGUUGCUCGCUGGUGGCAGAAUUCGGCAUUGCUCGCAAAGGUAUAG